UGUUAAGAUGCCGAACUUUUGAAAAGAGCGAACAAUGUCACUUCCUGUCACGUUUGCCUCCGGUUCCGGAUAAUACGCUCAGUUAGGGACUCGUUGACAGUGACAAUUAGCUCCUGGCUAUGGAUCCGUUACUGUUUCACCUCACACUGAAGACUAUUUAUUUGCUCUCAGGACCUGAAUUCACAUCAAGUGAACAAAACUAUGUCUGAGAAGAGCCUAACACAGACCUCAGGUCUUUCUGAUAAACAGGCAGCGCUCAACCCAGAGACUGGGCUACUAGUUGUGAAAGUGGAAGAUGAAAUGACAGAUAAAAUGUACGGUCAUUCAGGUGAAAUGCGUAGUCAUCUGGGUGAAAUGCAUUCAGGCCUCUCUGUUGAUAAAGGUGACACUGAUAUAGUAAAGCUCGAAUUAACAGAAGAACUGUGCGUAAAAAGUCAGCUUGAAGAUAAGGAGAUUAGUGAUGAUGUCAGCACAGAUAUAUUGACAAACUGGAGUGUUCCUGGGCAACAAAAAAAAGGAAAAAAAACAUAUCCAUGUUCUGAUUGUGGGAAAUGUUUUCCCCAGCAGUAUAACCUAGUCCGACAUCAAAUGAGUCAUAAAGGAGAGAAACCAUUUUCCUGUUCUGUGUGUGGAAAAUAUUUUACCCAACAAUAUAAUCUUGUCCGCCAUCAGAUGAGCCAUAAAGGAGAGAAACCAUUUUCUUGUUCUGAGUGUGGAAAAUGCUUUACACAACAAUGUACGCUAGAUAAACAUAUGAGGAUACACACUGGAGAAAAACCGUAUUCGUGUACCCUUUGCGGUAAAUUUUUUACCUGGGAACACACUUUUAUUACGCAUCAGAAAGUUCAUACAGGAGACAAACCUUUUUCCUGCUCUGUAUGUGGGAAACGUUUUGUUCAUAAAUCUGACGUUCUUAGGCAUCAGAAAAUACACACAGGAGAUAAACCAUUUGCGUGUUCAGAAUGUGGAAAAUGUUUUAUUUCUGAAUCUCACCUUCUUAGGCACAAGAACAUUCAUGAAGCAGUAGAGAGAAUAUUUCCGUGCUCUGUGUGUGGGAAAAGUUUUACUCAGCAAUCAUAUCUUACUAUUCAUAAGAAAAUUCAUACGGGAGGCAAACCAUUUUCAUGCAAUGAAUGUGGAAAAUGUUUUAAUCUGCAACACUCCCUUAUUAGACAUCAGAUCAUUCAUACGGGAAAGAAACCGUUUUCAUGUUCUGAAUGUGGCAAGUCUUUUACUUGGCAACACUCUCUUAUUAGACAUCAGAAAAACCAUGCGGGAGAGAAACCGUUUUCUUGUAAGGAUUGUGGGAAAUGUUUCAUCUAUCAGUCACAUCUUUAUCGGCAUCAGAAAAUUCAUGCCGAUGAAAAACCGUAUUCAUGUUCUGAUUGCGGAAAGCAUUUUACCUGGCAACAUUCACUUGUUUCCCAUCAGAAAAUUCAUAAUGAGGUGAUUAAAGUUUCCUGUACCUAAAGAAGAAAAUGGUUUGCCAGACAACAGAUAAUAAUAAUAAUGUAAAAAAUGAUUAAAUAUUAUUUUAUCCAUAUACAGCACAUAACUCUGUAUAAAAAAAACAAAAUUUAUGCUUACCAGAUAAAUGUCUUUCUUUCCUGGCAGGGAGAGUCCACAACUCAUUCAUUUCUGUUGGGAAAUACAACACCUGGUUACCAGGUGGAGGCAAAGACUUAAAUAUCCCUCCCACUUCCCCUAUCUUCCCAGUCAUUCAGCCAAGGGGAGAAACAUCAGGGUAUAAAGGUGCCAGAAGAAAUUAUAAAAAGGGAGACACCCAAACAAAAAUAUCUUACGGGUGGGAUCGUGGACUCUCCCUGCCAGGAAAGAAAGGAAUCAUCUAGUAAGCAUAAAUGUUGUUUUCUUUCCAUAAGGCAUGGAGAGUACACAACUUCAUUCCUUACUGUUGGGAAAACCAUACCCAAGCUCCUGAGGCCACUGAAGGAAUAACGGGAGGGAACAAAAAGGAGGCAGACCCUAAUCUGAGGGCACCACAGCCUACAAAACCUUUCUCCCAAAAGCUGCUUCAGCCGAAGCAAACACAUCAAACUUGUAAAAUUUAGAAAAAGUAAGCAGGACCAGUUAGCCGCCUAACAAUCCUGCUCCAUAGAGGCCUCAUUCUUAAAAGCCCAGGAAGAAGCUACUGCUCUAGUGGAAUGAGCCGUAAUCCUCUCAGGAGGCUGUUGUCCCGCUGUCUCAUAAGCUAGGCAGAUGACACUCCUCAUCCAGAAAGACAAGGAAAACGUAGUUACCUUCUGACCCCUAUGUUUGCCUGCAUAGAUGACAGACAAAGAUGAAGAUUGUCUGAACUCCUUAGUAGCCUGAAAGUAACAUUUCAAGGCACAAAUCACAUCAAGAUUGUGAAGCAAACGUUCCUUCACCGAAGAAGGAUUGGGACACAAGGAAGGAACAACAAUCUCUUGAUUAAUGUUCUGAUCUGACACCACCUUAGAAAGGAAACCUAACUUAGUACGUAAAACCACCUUAUCGGUGUGAAAAACAAGGUAAGGGGGAUCACACUGCAAGGCCGAAAUCUCCGAGACCCUGUGAGCAGAUGCAAUAGCCAACAGAAACAGAACCUUCCAGGAUAACAGUUUAAUGUCAACAGUAUGCAUUGGCUCAAACGGAGCCUUCUGCAACACAUGGAGAACAAGGUUGAGGCUCCAAGGUGGAGCCACCCUUCUAAACACAGGCCUAAGCCUAGUCAGGGCCUUAACAAAGGACUGCACAUCAGGAAGUGCAGCUAAUCUCUUGUGCACCAACAGGGCUGAUAUCUGCCCCUUCAGGGAACUAGCAGGCCCUUCUCUAAUCCUGGAGAAAAGAUACAUUUCCGGCAACCUUAACCUUAUGCCAUGAAAAACCACGCCCUUCAAACCAGUGCAGAUAAGUCCGCCACACCUUAUGGUAGAUGCGUCGAGUAACUGGCUUACAAGCUUGAAUCAAAGUGUCAAUCAGAGAAACCUCUUGGCUAAGACUAAGCGUUCAAUUUCCAUGUGUCGGCCUCAGAGAAUCUAGAUUUUGAUGUAGGAAGGGACAUCCCCACCAGAUCCGCAAACCAUGUCCUUCACGGCCAGGAUGGAACAAUUAAAAUCACUGGUGCUUGCUUGAUCCGAGCUACCACACUAUGGAGAAGAGGAAAUAGAUAUGAGUCUGAACCUUCAGGGAACCGCUAGAGCAUCUAUUAGUUCUGCUUGAGGAUCCCUCAAUCUUGAUCCAUACCUGGGUAGUUUGGCAUUUAGACGGGAGGCCAUGAGGUCUAUCUCCAGCAUCCCCCAUCUGGAGCAUAUCUCUGCAAAUACCUCGGGGUGGAGAGACCAUUCCCCCUGGUGAAAAGAUUGCCUGCUGAGGAAGUCGGCUUCCCAGUUGUUCACACCCGGAAUGUGGAUUGCUGACAGCAUACAGUUGUGGGUCUCCGCCCAUUCGAGGAUCUGAGAAACCUCUCUCAUCACUCAAGAACUCCUCGUUCCUCCCUGAUGGUUGAUGUAGGCUACCGAAGUUAUAUUCUUCAAUUGGAAUCUGAUAAACUGGGAUGAACCCAGAAGGGGCCUAGCCUUCAGGGCAUUGAAUAUUGCCCGAAGUUCCAAGAUAUUGAUCGGCAACGUGGACUCCUCCUGAGUCCACAGACCCUGUGCCUUCCUGGCACCCCAAACGGUUCCCCAGCUGGAUAGACUUGCGUCCAUAGUCACAAUCUCCCAGGACGGUCUCAAGAAGCACGUGCCUUGGGACAGGUGAUCUUGACAGAGCCACCAAGAGAGCGAAUCUCUCGAAGGCUGUCCAGUAUUAUCUGUUGAGACAGGUCUGGAUGGUUGCCAUACCAUUGUCUCAGCAUGCAUAGUUGUAAGGGUCUGAGAUGGAAUCUGGGAAAGGGAACGUUGUCCAUACAAGACACCAUGAAGCCAAUCACCUCCAUACACUGGGCCAAGGAAGGACUUAGGGAAGCCUGGAGGGCAAGGCAAGGUGAUGUUCGCUUGCAACGUCUCUGAUCCGUUAGGAAGAUGUUCAUGGAUACCGAGUCUAACUGUAUCCAGGAAAUUCAUCCUGGUAUUUGGAGUAAGAAAACUCUUUUCCAAGUUUAUCUUCCAUCCAUUUUCCAAGUGCUCCCUUGCUGGACGAAAAGAUGGUGCCUGUACCAAGAUAUCAUCCAGGUAAGGUGCUACUGCGAUACCUUGUAUUCUGGCAACCGCUAGAAAAGCUCUCAGAACCUUCAUAAAUAUUCUUGGAGCAGUAGCUAAGCCAAACGGAAGUGCUAUGAACUGGAAGUGUUGAUCCAGAAAUGCAAACCUCAGGUAUGCAUCCUUCAGGUCUAUGGGAGUCAUAAACUGUCCUUCCUGAACCAGAGGAAAGAUUGAUCUUAUUGUCUCCAUCUUGAAGGAUGGGACGCUUGAAAUUUGUUUGGGCAUUGCAAAUCCAGAACUGGACGCAAAAUUCCCUCCUUCUUGGGAACCACGAAGAGGUUUGAAUAGAACCCCAGACCUCUUUCUGAUGCAGGUACCGGGAAAAUUACUCCUAAAAAGACUAGGUCCCGUAUGCAACCUAAAAAGGCAGUCCUCUCCUCUGGUCUUGUAGACAGUCUGGAGAGAAGGAAUCUGCCCCUGGGCAGAUGGCACUUGAAUCCUAUCCGGUAUCCCUGAGAUACUACCUCCAGAACCCAAGGCUCCUGAACAUCCUGAAACCAAGUGUCUGAAAAUCUGCCCCCUACUCAAUCCAAUCCCUUCAUGACGAUUUGUUAUUGUCAAGCUUCUUUGUCUGUUUGGACUUGUUCCAGGACUGAGCCGGCUUCCAAGUACUCUUGGGCUGCUCGGGUUUGGAUGAGGAUUGAGAUUGUUGGGACUUGUCUGAACGAAAGGAACGAGAACUGUCCUCCCUUAGCUCUGUUCUUCUUAUCCUGUUAUAGGAAGGCUCCUUAUGGAGUCCAGACCUGGUCCGAAUAAGAUCUUCCCCUUGAAGGGGAGAGAAAGUAACCUGGACUUGGAAGUCAUAUCUGCAGACCAAGACUUGAACCAUAGAGCCCGGCAGGCUAGAACCGCAAAACCUGACGCCUUUGCGUUCAGGCGUAUAAUUUGCAUAUUCACAUCACAGAUGAAGGAGUUAGCACCAGUAGGUAGCUGCUCCCGACACCACGGCUACUGCUGCCGCAAGUUGGAAUACAAAUCCUAUGUGUUGGAACAUUUUCUCCUCAGGCAAGUUUCCAACAUCGUGUCCAUAGGCUCUCUAAAGGACAAACUAUCCUCAAGGGGGAUAGUAGUACCAGUACACAGAAGGUGACGUCGCUACAGCCCAGGAGGUGUGUGAGGGGCUGGCCAAUUACAGUCCUCUGGAGUCGGUCAAUGCAAAUACACUGUUGGCGGGGUGCCAGCUUGAGAGGAAGUCGAGCAAACUUCAUAAAGCAUGAAUCGGAAGG